CAGUACAGUGUACAUGUACAGUACAAUGUACAUGUACAUUGUACAUUGUACAUUGUAUAGUACAUGUACAGCAGUAUGAACGUUCUUUGGCAAGGUCACAGUCUAGUCAUGGUCGUGGAUCAAGCAAGGGUUUUUUUGGCGUAAACAUAGGCCUAGGCCUUUUGGAUUCGUCGACACUACAUGAAGUGACAGGUGACAAGCUCCUAAUAUUGUGAUGGCAGACCGUCCAGCGACAGUUGACAAAGAGUUGAAGCAGCUUCCCGACUUUGUGGAACUCAAUGAUCUUGCAAAUGACCGAAAUGGGGGAACUGUCCUGUUUGCCACUGAUGACUGGUUUGCUGUUGCAGAAAAUCUGUUGAAGCCGGAACCACCAGUAUGGAAGGAAGGGGUGUUCACAGAGUUUGGCAAGUGGAUGGAUGGCUGGGAGACUAGAAGAAAGCGAAUCCCCGGCCACGAUUGGUGCAUCGUUAAGCUUGGCAUUCCGGGCAUCAUCCACGGCAUCGAGGCAGACACUUCCUUCUUCACCGGCAAUUUCACUCCCAAGAUCUCGAUCCAAGGAGCGUGUCUUGGAGGAGAGGUUGGUUUCCCAGAGAGGAAAGGUAGAAUGGGUGUAGCAGCAAGUGAGGAACAACAGACAGCGAUGGAAAAACUUGCAACUCAUGAGUGGGAGGAGAUUCUACUAACGUCAGCCUUGUUGCCGGGAUUCAAGGACACUUGCAAGAACUACUUCAGAAUUCACUCUGACAAGAGAUGGACCCACUUGAGGCUGAACAUGUACCCUGAUGGUGGAAUAGCAAGACUCAGGGUGUAUGGCAUCGCGGAGCCUGAUUGGUCCAUAAUAUCUCAACACCAGUUGAUCGACCUUGUUGCUAUGGAAAAUGGUGGUGUUUGUCUUGGUUACAGUGACGUUCAUUUUGGCCACGCCAGAAACUUGCUGGCCACUCCAAGGUCACUGACCAUGGCUGAUGGCUGGGAGACGGCCCGAAGACUGGACAGGCCAUCAGUGCUGGAAGCUGACGAGAAUGCAGUUCUGAAAGUGUCUGGGCAGGAGUGGGCGGUCUUCAGAUUGGGCCACAUCGGCGUCAUCAAACAGAUUGAGAUAGAUACAAACCAUUUCAAAGGAAACUAUCCCGAUUCCUGCUCUGUGGAAGGAUGCAUCUUGUCCGAGGAGGGGGAGCGUCAGUGCCAGGCCUACCGUCAUGGCAAGACAAAGGGUGACUUCUCGAGCUGCCUAUGGGAGACCAUCCUCCCCCCGAGCAAGUUGUCUGCCCACAAGCAGCAUUUCUUUGAGACCACCUUGAAGGAUGUUGGGCCGGUGACCCACAUCCGCCUCACCAUGCGGCCGGACGGUGGAAUCAGUCGCAUGCGAACCUGGGGUUACAUCCGGAGAGUCAGUACCAAAAUGUAGCUGCGUACAACUGAAGCCCGUCUGUACCAUUGGAAAUACGCCUGUCUGAUUUUUUUCGACUUGUUUAUGCUGCCCUCCUCAAUGUGAAGGUUCCUUUGAUUGCAGCUGAUAUAGUAUUACGUUUGAAGUGAAUUCUUUCCUCAUUGUUCUUGUAAUUCUUGAAUUGGAAAACAAUUUUCAGAACUACGUCAGUGGUUUUUUGUUUGUUUGUUUGUUUUUUGUUUCACAGUGUGGGAAUUACCCUCUUCUUUUGUUUUUGUGAUAACCUCAAAUGGUUAGAUUUGUUCAGAUAUUAUCAAAAUGAAGUUUGAGUUAAGAGAAAAAUUGUUCGUGACAGAGGAUAAGGGCAGGUGUAAUAAUCAUGGUUAAAAUUUCAACAUGAGAGCGAAUUUGAUCAAUUUCGUGAGCAUGAAAUGCAGUAUGUGCCAAGUCCAUGUGAGACACUAAUCAAGUUCAGGCGAAAGUCUAGAUUUUGAGAAUGACUCAAAAUAGAGUUGACCGAGUAGUUUAAGGCCGACGCUGAAUUCUGAUUUUUUUUAAAUUUUGUUUUUAAGAGUUCGUCGUAAAUGAAAGAUCCAUUAAAAUUGAGAAAACAUAAAGUGUUCGUUUGUGCCAUAAUUACAACUUUCUAAAUGUUUUAACUAUUUCUUGGAAAUAACAGAGAUGUGGUCAGCAUAUGAUUUGAAUAAGUGAA